GAGUAUCAGCAGCUGCUGCCGCCGCUGACCCUUCCACCGGUGCUAGAACGCAGGCUGAAAAUGCAGGAGGCUGUUCUGAAGAGGCAAGAGGCUUUGCUUCGGGAAGAGUUGCAGCAGCAGAAGCUGCUGCAAGAGCAGAAGCAAGUGGAGGAGAAAAAGCAGUUGCUGGACCAGCAGCAGAUGGGGAGGCAGCAGCUUGCAGACCAAGGGGAGGCAGGACUUCUGUUUUGAAAAGCAGAAGCAAUCGGAAGGUGGGCCAGCUGAGGAGAACAAUGGGAGGGAAAAGCAGCAGCUAAAGCCACAGGAAGGCGAGCAGCAGCAGCAGCAGCACCAGCAGCAGCUGGCACAGCCACAGUCACAGCAGCAGCCGAUACUACCAGCCCCAUCCGCCCCAGAAGCCACGGCUGGAGCCGCAGCCCCCCCAGCAGCCCAGGAAGGAUCCUGCUGCCACGUCAGCAGAGUCUCCAGCGGGCGGCGGAGCGGGCAGCGGAGUCGGAGGAGGCGGGGGAGGAGGAGAAUGGGGAGAAGGAGCAGGAGCAGGGAGGAGGAGGGGGAGGUGGUGGUGGUGGUGGUGGUGGUGGUGGUGGUGGGGGUGGUGGUGAUGGCGGUGGUGGUGUUGGGGCAGUGGGAGUGGAGCAGGAGAUGCAAGGGAAGAGGGGCGAGAUGGUCGAGGGAAAUCCCAAUAUCUCUCUCCGGAUCAGGCAUUUCGACAGCAGUGCUCAAAGCACAAUCUGAUGCCAUGACACAUAGCAUGACACAUAGCAUGACACAUAGUAUGUCACAUAGCAUGACACUUACCAUGACAGAUCAUGCUGUGACGCCCACGCGUUCCCCCAUCUGCACGCCACCACCGUACGCCCGCACGCUCACCUAUGGCCAGUCCCGCUCUGCUUCAACCGCUACCGCAUCAGGAGCCUGGGGGCCAUUCCGCCAGGGGGCCUUGUGGCUGGGUCGAUAGUGGUGGGAGGAACGGCAGGGGGAGCAGGAGCAGGGGGGAAGUCUGUAGGAGAAGGGACGGAUCUGGAGGCCAUGCUAAAAGGUGCUGCUGGUGCUAGUGCUGGUGCUGGUGCUGGUGCUGCCUUCCUCCUCUUCUGAUUUGCACCAGAUUGACGUUACGCAAGGAGGAGCGGCAGAAUCUGUUGCUGCUGAAGCAGUAGUGAGUCCGUGUGAUGGAGAGCGUGCCAGUGCCCGUCUCUCAGUCUCUGACUGGGUGUCCGAACCUCCCUCGCCUCAACACCUCCUACUGCGGAAGCUGCGGCGGCAGGAGGAGCAGAGGGAGCAGCUGGAGCUUCUGCACCAGGUGAAUUUUCAGGUGAAUUGCAGGUGGAGGCUCAGAUGAAGGCUCAGGUGGAGGCACAGGGAAGCUGGAGGGAAGGGGACAAGGCAGCAGCGUUUUCUUCGCUAUUCCCGAGGCAUCGAGGCAGAUCUCUGCUGCUCUGCUGACUGCCUUGGGACAGCAGCAGAUGCAGGAACAGGAUCAAGAACUGCCGGGCGGGCACACGGCCUCCCGCUUGAAUCAGCAGCAGUUGUUUCUGCAUUCGCCGCGCCAGGAAGCCUCAUUAGAAUCCCUUCCUCGGCAUCACCAGAAGCAGCCGCAGCAGCAGCAGCAGCAGGCGGGUCCAACCACUCCCCCAAGCCACCUGCACCAGUUAUCACCUACCCCGAUUUCACCGAGCUCUCCAUUGACCUAUCAGAGACCAUCCCCGUCACCCCCACUCGCUCUGCCAAGGGCGUCUCUCUGCCCACCUCCCCUGCUGCUGCCGCCU